AUGGAGAAGAUGAAGGCCUAUUUCUGCCUGAUCAAGGGGCUGCAGCCGCGGGUGUCUGAGGAGGUCAACUCCAUUCUGUCCCGCUACUACCAGCUGCAGAAGCAUAGCAACAGAAGGAACGCAGCCCGCACCACCAACCACAUGCUGGAGAGUCUCAGCCGCCUCGCAGAGGGUGGGACAACAUCUUACAUCCCAAAUAUAAUACAAUUCCUUUCCUUCUGCACUCCAUUAGGUUUAGUUGAUUUACUAAGGUGUUUAGUAUUUACUGAAACGGUAAUAAUUCAUAUUUAUGAUCAUAUUUAUUAUGUGAAUGUUUUAUGCUAUAGUUGUUGAUAUGUGAUCAAGCAGCUUAUUAAGUUUCUCUUGGUCCUUGCAGCACAUGCCAGGUUGAUGUUUCGAGACACUGUCACUGUGGAGGAUGCUGUUGUCGUGGUCUCUGUCACGGAGUGCACUAUGCAGGUAGGAAACCUUACUUUAUAUGACGUUACAUUUUACAAUUACAUUGAAUGUAUAUGGUAAUGUCUUUAGCCCAACAUGACUUAAUACACUUCAUGACAUGCAUCACAUGAAAUGGAAAUGGAAGUGUCAGGGAGAAUUGUUGUGUGGGUGUGUGCCUUAGGGGGGCGCUCUCCUGGGAGAUGUAAAUGCGCUGCACAUAGUUUAGUAGUUUCCUGACAACCCCAGUCAGCAGUACCAGACACAGUGUCAGAUUGUUCUGGAGGGACUCCAGCUGCCACACAUCCUCAACAAGGAGAUGGACAGGCUCUCAAGGUGAGACUAUGAGCACAAGUUAUAGUUGUGAAAACUCAAAGGACAAAGUUUUGUGGUGUAUGAACCUAUGCAGAACCAGAAAAAUGAGAAACUCUUGUUUUAAUACAUUCCGGAAGGUAUCGUGUUGAACACCAUCAGAAUGCUGAUACUGUGUUUGUAGAGAGUGCAACCUGUCAAGAGAAUGAAAUGCCCAGGCUAAGCCCACACACAUACUCCUUCCAAACUACACUGAACAAAAAUAUAAAGGCAACAUGUAACAAUUUCAAGGAUUUUACUGAGUUACAGUUCAUAUAAGGAAAUCAGUCAAUUGAAAUACAUUAAUUAGGCCCUAAUCUAUGGAUUUCACAUGACUGGGAAUACAGAUAUGUAUCUGUUGGUCACUGAUACCUUAAAAAAGGUAGGGGCGUGGAUCAGAAAACCAGUCAGUAUCUGGUGUGACCACCAUUUGCCUCAUGCAGCGCGACACAUCUCCUUCGCAUAGAGUUGAUCAGGCUGUUGAUUGUGGCCUGUGGAAUGUUGUCCCACUCCUCUUCAAUGGCUGUGCACAGUUGCUGGAUAUUAGCGGGAACUGGAACACGCUGUCGUACACUUCGAUCCAGAGCAUCCCAAAAAUGCUAAAUGGGUGACAUAUCUGUUUAAUCUGCAGGCCAUGGAUUAAUUGGGAAAUUUUCAGCUUCCAUGAAUUGUGUACAGAUCCUUGGAACAUGGGGCCAUGCAUUAUCAUGCUGAAACAUGAGGUGAUGGCAGCGAAUGAAUGGUACGACAAUGGGCCUCAGGAUCUCGUCACGGUAUCUCUGUGCAUUCAAAUUGCCAUCGCUAAAAUACAAUUGUGUUCGUUGUCUGUAGCUUAUGCCUGCCCAUACCAUAACCCCACUGCCUCCAUGGGGCACUCUGUUCACAACGUUUACAUCAGCAAACUGCUCACCCACACAACGCCAUACACACUGCCUGCUACCUGCCCGGUACAGUUGAAACCGGGAUUAAUCCGUGAAGAUCACACUUCUUCAGCAUGCCAGUGGCCAUCGAAGGUGAGCAUUUGCCCACUGAAGUCGGUUACGGCGCCGAACUGCAGUCAGGUCAAGACCCUGGUGAGGAUGACGAGCACGCAGAUGAGCUUCCCUGGGACAGUUUCUGACAGUUUGUGCAGAAAUUCUUUGCUUGUGAAAAUCCACAGUUUCAUCAGCUGUCCGGGUGGCUGGUCUCAGACAAUCCUGCAGGUGAAGAAGCCAGAUGUUGAGGUCCUGGGCUGGCAUGGUUACACCUGGUCUGCCGUUGUGAGGCCGGUUGGAAGUACUGCCAAAAUCUCAAAAAUGUAUGGUAGAAAAAUGAACAUAAAAUUCUCUGGCAACAGCUUUGGUGAACAUUCCUGCACUCAGCAUGCCAAUUGCACUCUCAAAACAUGAGACAUCUGUGGCAUUGUGUUGUGUGACAAAACUGUACAUUCUAGAGUGGCCUUUUAUGCUGUUUAAUCAGAUUCUUGAUAUGCCACACCUGUCAGGUGGAUGGAUUAUCUUGGCAAAGGAGAAAUGCUCACUAACAGGGAUGUAAACAAAUUUGUGCACAAAAUCUGAGAGAAAGAAGCUUUUUGUGCGUAUGGAACAUUUCUGGGAUCUUUUAUUUCAGGUCAUGAAACACUUUACAUGUUGCGUUCAUAUUUUUGUUCAGUAUAAAUCCCUUUUAUAACAUCUCCCCCACCAACAUAUUAUCUCUAAACCCUAGCCCAGUGAAAAUACUGAAUACAAUUCUCUGUGAAGGAGUAAGACUUCCCUCUCAUAUACAGUGAGUCAUUGUGCUUUCUUCAGGCUGCAGAAUAAUGGGCCAUGCUCCCCUAAAGUAGAACAGAAAAAAGGUGUCUGAGAAGCUGCGAGACAAAUGGCUCAGAGAGAUGACUAAUGUUCCCCUGCAGUGAGAGGAAGCUGUGGGAGGAGGCAGCACCAGCAGAUACCUCAUAGACCAUGUAGAGCAGGCCUUCUCCACAGACUCCCUGCCCUCCCACAGCACACCUCGAGCAGGGAAGAAACGCAACUCAAAGAAGAACAAUGUCCCUUAUAACCUUCCGUCUGGAGACCAGGACACCUCUGAUACUGUGGGGGCACGGGGAGAAGAACUGCACUCUUAAGUGCACAGGGUUCACAUUUAAACCUCUCUGCUCUUAUCCUGACAGCUCAGACGUUCACACAGAGAAUAGAGGUACACAUAGCAAGGCAAACCCACAGAACAGAGACAAUCAUAACACAGCUUCUUCACGACAGAGAAAGAGAGAACAGAAAAGGAAAAGGGUGAUAAACAGUUUUACAAAGACAGGCCAGCAGAGGGCAGCAGUGCAGCCAAGAAGCUGAGGCUGAGGGUUCAGUCUGAGGAGAAUGACUUUCCCACUGAGGUGCCAUGUGACCUGAGGUUAGUGGUCCCAGGGCAGAGGGAGGUGGUGGUGGGGGGGGGGGGAAUCAUGGGGCAGAGCAGAAACGCCAGCAGCUGCUGAGUAGACCGAGCGGUUAGGCUCUAGGUAAGAACAGAACUACAUCAACAACCCGCACAGAGCCACCACCACCCCCACUACAGCCAGACCACCCAAAGCCCACUGUGGCGGCUUCUACCCUGGCCAAACUCUCCAGGUUCUCCUUCACAACCACAAAGGACCAGGAAGUUAAAACCCCAAAAACAACUCCUACGUCAGGGGCUCAGGUAACCUCCUCCAUAGAGCGUAAAGCAGGGCACCAGGACACAAGGACACAAGCUAUCACCAGCAUACAGCAAAGGAUAGGAUAGGGACGCAAGCUAAAGCCACUACAGAGGAUAAGACAAGGGAGUGGCAAGGGUUAGUGGAGGCAAAGACUUACAGACAGUUAACAGUAAAGUCCAGACCCCUGCUGGAGAUUCUGCUGGCAACCCUAAAAAGAGGAAGUGUUUUGAGCUGGGCUCUAAAGGUCCUUUCUCAGGCUUCUCUAUGUUCAGCUCCUCCAUCUUCGAUUAUGAUGAUCUGGAUGUGGACUGGGACGAGGAGUCAGGGAAAAAAGCAAAAAUGUAA